AAGCGGAGUGCAUGCCAUAUGGAUAUAUACAAAUAAUAAUGACUUAUAUUAUACUCAAAAAUAAUCAAUUUCUAGGACUUGACGGGUUCUGUAAAACAAAGUAAAAUAUAAAUGAAACCACACAGUGUGUUCACAUGUUAACACACCUUUAAAAAAAAGAUAAUUCUACAUAGCAGGAUUUAUUUUGACGGUCAUGACCGGAAACUGUCAUAUUGUGGCAAUCCUGAUCCGUCGUUCCGUUGCUGAACAAUUUCUCUGUUAGGUUUUCGCCGUUCAAGGAAAUUAUUGGACAGUGCCAUUGUUGACAACAUGUGGACAUUUUUCUAUAUGUGAGGGAUUCGGGAGCUAUGGAGACAGCUGGAGGUGACAACUGGCGGAGACGCACGAGGAGCGCACGAGCCGACCGCAAUCAGCAAGCCGGGGCUGACGAGUCCAAUGUUCUCCGGAGUCUGAGUGUAGGCAACACGGAAGACGGCCAUGACAUGGAGGAGGACACUGGCCUCUUCAAGCAGGACCAUUUGGACCGCAGGGUCAUGGCGCCCCGUUACAGCCUGCUGCGGGAGGUGGGAAGGGGCACAUACGGCGUGGUGUACGAAGCGGUGGCCCGGAAGUCCGGUGCGAAAGUUGCCGUGAAGAAACUGAGAUGCGACGCUCCGGAAAACGUGGAGCUUGCCUUGCAGGAGUUCUGGGCGCUGACGAGUCUGGAGAAACGGCAUGAAAAUGUGGUCCAGCUGGAGGAGUGCGUGUUGCAGAGGAACGGUAUGGCUCAGAAAAUGAGUCACGGAAACAAACGGUCCAAACAGUACCUGCGUCUGGUGGAGACUUCACUUAAAGGUGAGCGACUGCUUGGUCCCCCAGAGGAGCCCUGUUACCUUUGGUUCAUCAUGGAGUUCUGCGAGGGCGGCGACCUCAACCAGUUUAUCCUGUCUCGGCGACCCGACCAGCAGACCAACAACAGCUUUAUGCUCCAAAUGACCAGCGCCGUCGCGUUCCUGCACCAAAACAACAUUGUCCACAGAGACCUGAAACCAGACAACAUCCUCAUCUCGGAGAAGUCGGGCACGCCGGUCCUCAAGGUGGCCGACUUCGGCCUGAGUAAAGUCUGUACUGGGUUAGGAAACUCCACCGAGGGCGAAGACAAUCGCAAGAACGUUAACGUGAACAAGUUUUGGUUGUCAUCGGCGUGCGGCUCAGACUUCUACAUGGCUCCCGAGGUGUGGGAGGGCCACUACACGGCAAAGGCCGACAUAUUUGCCCUGGGUAUCAUCAUCUGGGCCAUGUUGGAGAGAAUCACUUUCAUUGACGGCGAGUCAAAGCGGGAGCUGCUGGGUUCUUACGUAAGACAAGGACGAGACAUUGUGCCGGUGGGCGAGGCGCUGCUAGAGAAUCCAAAGAUGGUGCUGAACAUCCCACAGAAGCGCAGGUCCUGCAUGUCAGACGGAGUGAGCAAACUGCUGCAGGACAUGCUCGCCGUCAACCCUCAGGACAGGCCCGACGCCUUCGAGCUGCAGGUCAGAAUGGACCAGCUCAUGUGUGCUGCAUGACCCUCAGCCAGAGUGUUCCACAGACUGGCGUUUCUUCCGGGGGAGCUGCUCCAUGACUGAGGGUCGUGCUACUUUGAUCUAAAGACUGUGAAGAAAAAAGGAGAUGCAAAGGAAAUGCAGCGCUCCUGAAGUUUGGAUGCUGAAAUGGGAUUUUUAAAAAUAUGUUUACAAUGAGGUAACCUGCGGUUUGUCUUGCCCUGAAUAUUAGUGGAGCAAGAAAAAAAUUUGUUUUGAUUUUGCCGAGAUAGCCAUGACUCAAAGAAUAGAGGUCUUGAAAAUGCCCAUUCUGAAACAUGAUGGUGACACUACUCAACAAACCUACAUUUAAGCUGAUGUGCACCAUUAGUUUAUUGUGUCUCUCCAAGUGUCAGGCAGUCUUCUAAUAUUUAAUAAAAACACUGUAACAUCCGAUACACUCUACUACUGAAAACCUGUCGCUUCAUGUGGUAGAGUUUUUCUUAUUGUGUCUUAACUUCAGGGAAGUCUGGGCUUUUUUAUGUGGGAUGUUCUCCUUUGCUGACGGUUAGGAUUGUCUUCCCCAUGCUUACCUGUCUUGUGACGGCACUUUUCCCGUUGAAUGCUUGUCACAACUUGUCAACAACCUUUCCAUUUGUUGCCCCAGUGAGAAAACAGUGUCUUUGCCCCUUUCGCUAAAGUUUCUCCACACAUCUGUUGUUGGUUUACGUUGAAGUACACUACAUAGGAGUCACGGUUAGUUUUCCGGACUAAGUGGAUGAUGUGUGUGAAAUGUUCUGUCGUGGUAUAUGUGAUUUUUAUACUGCAAUAUCGAGAUAAAUCCUAAAUAUUGAGUUAUUCUUAUAAUAAUAAUCAUUCUUCACUACAUUUCAAUGAGACUGUUUUGGCUAAUCUAGUGAAUUAAAGAGGAACUAAACUCUAGACUUUUGGUCAAAGUGCUUUCAGCAUGGCAAUCUAAAAAACGUCUCGUCGUUUCUAUUGGUACAUUUUCCUCUAGUGCAGCAUGACAUUCACAACGCAACAAGUCUUUUCUGUCUACUACAACACUCAUGGAAUCAGAGUUCUUGACUAAUUAUCUGGCAAAAGUCACGUACUCUCCAACAAAAGUUUGAAGAUUAGGCAUUACGUUGUUAACGAAGAUAAAAAGCACCGUGUCAACAGCCGGGCUCCCUCUGUUCCAUUGACGUUUAUUCUGACAACUGUUUUAAAAUCAGAGUUUAUGACUUUCAUGUCGUCUAUGACUCAUGGUGACAAUAUGCAGUCGAGACUUUGAAGCAUUUGAGUUUUUCAUGCAAAGUGAUUAGCAUUGUCGCUAAACCCAGUGAGCGCUUAUCUUCUGGGUUUGACUAAAUGGACACUGCUUUUAGGUUCCGCUGUCUCAUUGUUUCGACCUUGAAUUUGCUCGUCAGGUCAAAUUUGGCUCAAAAUCUGUUGCUGUAUUUUCCUUUUGAUUUGGCACGCCAAGUACAUUAUUCACAAAGUAAUUGGAAUGAUAAAUAGGAAUCUAAUAUUCCCAUGCAACGAUCUGGAUUAAAAAUAUUUAUAUCCAGUGUUUUAGAAUUGCACUGUUCUUCUGUGGACCAUUUAUUGGUAGAGUUAAGUCACAUUUGAACAGGUGCCAUUCAUAUGACAGGAUCAAAGCUCCUCGCGGGUACUUGACUGCGAUGAAGAGAGUUUGUUGUCGAGAAACAGUCACUCACAACUGGAUGUAAGUCAGUCGUAGGCCUCUGAAGUGCAGAGUCACGAGGUCGAAGCGUGUCUGAACAUGUCGACAGUGAACCACAGCUGAGUAUUUUAACUUGGUUGAUAGUUAUGCCCUGAAACCAAAGGCCUGAAGUCUGUCACAUGUCGAACUUAACUGGGACCCUGAGUCGUGUUCUUUUUGAUCUCCCUCGUGUGUCUGCACAUUUUCUUUCCUGAGCCAUCGUUUUCUCAACAAAGACAUUCCUCAGUUUGCGCCGACCUGACGGCUUUCUUGGCUACGGCUUUGUAAUUAAUGUCAUCGCAGUAUGUGCCCAGUCGUUAUUGGAUUGUGAUGGCAUCGGUUUGGAAUUUGUACAGGAGCUUUUGACUUCUUUUUGUCUGAUGCAUUGUGGGAAAUCAUACGGAUGUAUAAACACCUUAAGCUCAACACAGGCCGUGAUGAACGCUUCUGAAGACCGUACCUCUGUUGCCCGCUUUAGUGCACGAGUCUUUGAUCGUACGGGAUGGAAAGGAUCAUCUUGGAGCGCAGACGAGCUAAUGGUCACGCUCACGGAGGUUGUUUUUGAGGAUUUUUCUGAGGAAUUGCUUUUGUUUUCACUUUAAUUUAGAGGAAUGUGCUUUUAAAUUUCUUUCUCAGAAGAGAUUUAAGAAAACCCUCAAUCUUUCUUUAAUGUCUCUGAGGGUUUCCUGCGCUGUUGGAUCGAUGUCCCUGGGUCACUUAUGUAACAUGCAACACUCUUCUAUGCAAGUCUGCCUCCCUGGAUCCACUGAAGAACAAUUCAGGCCGGGCUGAUACUGUUUUUAGUCGUCUGCUUCUCAUCCUGACUGACUGGAACUGAACCACACGUCUGAACCGUGUUGUGUUCAGGUGACUUGACCCUUUAUUUCAACAGAGUAUCCAGUCCUUGGUUAUACCUGUUUGCUAGAAUGAAAACACGUUUGUGUUCUUUAUUGCUGACUUUGUACAUAAUAAUUCUCGGUUUCAAUAAAGGUUGGAAAUACCUCGAA